GUCAGAAGCGACAGUUGUGACGUGUGUUGGAAAUGUCUGAGGAGAGUGAAGCUGUGUUCAGCGUCGUCCCUGAUGAUGAGGACUCAGGAGACAAGUUCAAGAAAAGUGACCAGGUUGCUUUUUACAGGCGACAGAUGCAGGGUCCGAACCUGCAGCACCGAGCUCUGCUGGACACCAUGGUGCUCACGGAGAAGGGGGCGCGAUGUGAACUACUGGAGCCCAACACACAGGCCAGACUGAUUCUGUUGCUGUCGCCCUGCAAAAAUGACACAGUCAGGAUUUUGAUCGACGAACUCGAGCCCAUUAAAGCACGUUACCGAGUUCAAGAUGUGACAACUGGGGAACCACAGUGUGAACAGCUGCGGGUGAAGAGACAGACGAAGGACUGCGUCACACUGACCUGGUCGUCAGGACGGCACCAGGCUCGCGUGUGGCGCUUUCCCUUCUACCUGGAGAUCCUGUGUGGAGAGGAAGUGAUGGUCACGUUCAACCCGAGAGGGAAACUGUGGUUCGAGACGCUGCAGGUCCGACCCAGGUGACUUCAAGAGGACGACUCCAGUUCAUUGUGGAAAGAGACUUUCAAGCAGUUUGUGGAUAUCAAAGCAAAUGGCCCGAGCAGCAUUGGGGCGGACUUCUGUCUUCAUGGGUUCAGUCACGUGUUCGGUCUUCCAGAACACGCCGACAGCCUGAAGCUCAGAGACACCAGAGAUGAUGAACCUUAUUGCCUCUAUAACCUGGACGUCUUCGCCUAUGACCUGGACAGUCGCUUUGGCCUGUACGGCUCUGUGCCUCUGUUGGUGGCCCACAAGCUGGACAGGACCCUGGGUGUAUUUUGGCUAAAUGCAUCUGAGACGUUUGUGAACAUACGUUACAGCCCCAGUGACCAGCAGGAUGAACAGGUGCCCCUGAUACAGAGGAGGUGGAGGGAGCCGCAGACCGACGUCCACUGGCUGUCAGAGAGCGGCGUGGUGGACUGUGUGCUGCUGCUCGGGCCCAGUCCCCAGCAGCUCUUCAGCCAGUACGCUCAGCUCACAGGGUAUCAAGCGCUGCCCCCUCUGUUUGCCCUGGGGUACCACCAGAGCCGCUGGAACUAUAAGGAUGAAGCUGAUGUGAGGGCGGUGGACGCUGGAUUCGAUCACCACGACAUCCCCUACGACGCCAUGUGGCUGGACAUCGACCACACGGACGGGAAGCGUUACUUCACCUGGGACCCGGUUUGCUUUCCUGACCCUGCCGGCCUGCAGCUCCACCUGGAGAAGAAGAAUAGGAAGCUGGUGGUUAUAAGUGAUCCCCACUUCAAAGCCGAUCCUGAUUGGUCCCUGUACCAAGAGGCUAGGGACGGUGGACAUUUUGUCAAGGACAGAGAGGGAGAACUCUUUCUGGGUUCAUGCUGGCCCGGUGAGUCCUGUUACAUUGACUUCAGCCGCCCAGCCACUCGAGCGUGGUACUCCCGAUGCCUCAGCCUGGAUAAGUACAAAGGAUCCACGCCGUCGUUAUUUCUGUGGAAUGAUAUGAACGAGCCGUCUGUGUUCGGUGGGCCGGAGCAGACCAUGCCAAAGGACGCGGUGCAUUAUGGGGGCUGGGAACAUCGGGAAUUGCACAACCUGUAUGGUUUCUACCAGCACAAGGCCACAGUGGAAGGUCUGAUGACUCGCUCCGGGGGCUCGGAGAGGCCGUUCGUCCUGACACGCUCCUUCUUCGCCGGGUCACAGAAACUUGGUGCAGUGUGGACAGGGGAUAACGUUGCCACUUGGGAGUAUCUGAAGAUCUCAAUCCCCAUGCUGCUGUCUCUCAGUGUGACAGGCGUAGGUUUUUGCGGAGCUGAUGUUGGCGGGUUUUUCAACGAUCCAGAUCCCGAGUUGCUGGUGCGUUGGUACCAGGCCGCCGCCCUGCAGCCGUUUUUCCGUGGUCACUCUAACUGUUUGUCAAAGCGUCGGGAGCCGUGGCUGUUUGGGGAGGAGGUCACCGCUAGGAUCCGCACGGUGAUCCAACAGAGGUACCACCUGCUGCCCUACUGGUACACUCUGUUCCACCAGGCUCACACCGCUGGCCUGCCUCCCAUCAGGCCUCUGUGGGUGGAGUUCCCCAGAGAACGAAGCACCUUCAGUGUGGACAACCAGCAUAUGAUAGGAGGCGCCCUGCUGGCCUGUCCCGUCACCGAUCCUGGAGUUCAGGAGGUCAAAGUGCUACUUCCUGGAUCUGAUGAGAUUUGGUUUGAUGUCCAAUCUGCGAUGGUGCACGAAGGAGGAAGAACUCUGAGUCUCCCUGUCACCCUAGACACGGUUCCUGUGUUCCAGCGAGGCGGCUCGGUGGUCUGCAGGUCGGCAGGAAGUAGCUACUGCACAGCCGACCUCCAGCUGCUCCCCCUCGCCAUCACCGUGGCUCUGGACUCUCAGGGCGCUGCUGAUGGGGAGUUGUACCUGGACGACGGCCACUCUUUCAACUACCUCCACAGAAAGGCCUUCUGUCUGCGCAGGUUCCACAUGCUGUCAGGCCGGCUGUUCUGCCGUGCCGCCAGUGAAGAAGGAGCGUUUGAUGACACUGUCGUAGACUCCGUCACCAUCCUGGGCUUGAAGAGCAAACCGACCGCCGUGACUGUGCACCAAUCAGGGUCCGAGGACACUCCUGCUGAGUUCCAGUUCACGGAGACCUGCUGCAAACUGACCGUGAGCAGCCUGAGCCUCAGGGUGCUGACGGACUGGGAGAUUCACAUCCUGUAGGUUCACGGUGCUCGUGUCCGUCGAGAGGUGAGGAGGAGGAGGAGG